UUAACUCAGUCGGGCGGAGCCAAACUCCAGUUUAACUCAGAAACGUGUAGCCUAUGUUACAAUAGUGAGCGCUUGACAAUGACUGUAAUGUGUGAGUGCUGCCAUUAGGCCGAGUUAUUAUUUAGGUUACACAUGGAAGAUCGGGACACCUGGCGUUGGAAGUAAACUCGCUCGAAGUGUUGUGAAACAGCUUGAACCACAAGAAGAAAGUCUCUUUUCUGUUAUCAGCUGUUAAAAUGGAGGGUUUUGAAGAAGCCAGCAGCAGCGAGAAUGUUUUAGAUCUGUCCCGUCUGAAUCUGAACAAUAACAGUUUGGACUCGCUCAGCGAGAAACGACGGAAAGACACGACGCAACUGUACCUGUGCUACAACCGCAUGACGGGUUUACCCGAGUCCAUCUCUCUAUUCUCCAACCUGGAGUUUCUCGACAUAAGUAACAACGCGCUGUCGGUCAUCAGCGAGGACAUCACCCGACUGACCAAACUCAAAACCCUCAUAGCCAAGAAUAAUCGUUUAAAUAAUUCUUCUCUGCCCAAAGACUUUGGCUCUCUGCAGCUGGAAGUGUUGAACUUGAGUGGGAACAGGUUUGAGGAGAUGCCGAGCCAGUGUCUGCAGCUGCUGCGGCUCCAGUCUCUGUCUCUGGGAGGAAACAGACUGAAGAGCAUCCCAGCAGAGAUCGAGAGUCUCGCCAGCUUAGAGCUGUUGUAUCUGGGUGGUAACCAGAUCUCCUCCAUCCCUGCUGAACUAGCUAACUUACCCUGCCUGUGUUACCUAGUUCUGUGUGAUAAUCGCAUCCAGAGCGUCCCACCUCAACUCAACAAGCUCCAUUCCCUGCGCUCUCUUAGUCUACAUAAUAACCUGCUGACGUAUCUUCCGAGAGAGAUCCUGAGCCUGGUGCAUCUUCAGGAACUCAGUCUCAGAGGCAAUCCUUUGGUGGUACGCUUCGUCAAGGACAUGACCUACGACCCCCCGUCGCUGCUGGAGCUGGCUGGCCGGACCAUCAAAAGCAGGAACCUUCCAUACUCGCAUAAAGACCUCCCAAGCCAUCUAGUCAACUACCUAGACAUGGCCAGCAAGUGCCCCAACCCCAAGUGUGCAGGCGUUUACUUCGACUCCUGCGUUCGUCACAUCAAGUUUGUGGAUUUCUGUGGGAAGUAUCGCCUGCCCCUGAUGCACUACCUGUGCUCCCCAGAAUGCACCUCUCCCUGCAGCUCCAACCCUCAGAGCGACGCAGACUCAGACGAUGACAACAGCGUGCCUGCCGAUCGCCUUCAAAGAGUGCUGCUGGGAUAACCUCGCUCACCCCGCACACGUCUCCUUCUCUCUCACUUACAGUGUUAUCAGGAAGAACAUUGAUCUUUACAGCCAGCUGGCUUGAAAACCUCUCAGCUGAAGCCAAAUCUUAUUGCCAAGUGAUUGAGCAAGUGGCAUUCUGGGAAAGACAUCUGCAGAUAGUUUCUCUUACAAAGGCCUUGCUUUGCAAAGGCAAAAACACUGGCGGUUCAGAAUAGUUGUUAGUUAUAUUAACUAAGCUGGCUUGGUCAUCACUCUAUUUAGCUCUUGCACUUUUGUAAUACGGAGAAGGCGCAGUUUAGAUACAUGUAUAUCGUUUGCUUGGCAAUAAGUUGCUUUGUCUCUCACUAUACAAAGAUUUACUGUGAAUUAAGAAAAAAUAAACAUUGAGAACACUUGGUCUUUGGGCUUGUGAGAGGUUUUCUUCGUGUUUGUAACUGCGUGGCCUGCAGCACUGUAAAACAGGGCAACAUCUUCAAAAACAUGCAUUUGUGUCUGUAAAAGAUCUUGUUUUAAUUUGGAAUUUGCUAACACCCUGCGGUUGCGUUCAAAAACCGGAGCAACAUCUAAGAUAAAUAGUGACCAACCAGUUUGAAGGUUAAUUCUUUAUUCUGCAUCAAUAUAAACUAUGUGAUAUUGUUACAGAGCCAAUGGACAAAUUUGUGAAGUGUUUCUGGCAUUUCUUUUUUAAACCGAACUUCCUGUUUUAUAAACUCACUCACUUUCUUUAGUUUCUUCACAUGUGCCUUACACUCUCAGGCUUUACCAAUAUUGAUUAUGCAAAUAACUAAUGCAAUCAUUAUUUCACAGAGUUUUAAAAUUCAAAUCAAAAUAAUCUUUUAUGAUAUUUUCUAUAUAUCAGUGACGAGAUCGAAUGUAUUUUAUUUAAUGUGAUGAAGGCAGAUUUGGAUUACAUUCACUCCUCUAAUGGUUUAUAGACAUGUAUUUGCACUUCUUAUGUAGAGUACUAUAAAUAAAUAAUAAUAAUAAUAAUAAUAA